AUGGAAAGCAGAGAGGACACAAUUAGGGUGAAGGAAGAGCCAAAUGAUGAUUCGCCGGACGCAGGUGGAGAUUGUGAUUUCGAUUCAUUGGACUCUAGCGAAGCCAAAAACUUGGAAACAUUAUCGUUUUAUAAAUCAUCGGCAAACCACAUGAAUGAGGUUAUGACCUCGCAAGAAAAGUUGGAUGAAAAAAUAUUCAUAGAGAUUGAAUUCAAGCAUGUAAAACUUGAACUCGAGUGUUCAUCGACAAACAUAUGCAAAACUGAGUACCAAAGUUGCCUAACUAUUGUGAAAACGGAAAACGGAAAUCAGACGAAUGACAUGAAUGAAAAUAUAUUCAAUGAAUUCCCAGUACAUAAUAGUAGCAAACCCUUUGAUUUUGAUAUUUGUCACAAAUCAUUUGGAGGUAAGAGUAACCGCAGUAGUCGCAUGAAUGCAGUUCAUAACCGGAGCAAACCUUAUGAAUGUGAAAUUUGUCACAAAUUUUUCGGCUAUAAGGAGAACCUCAAGAAACACGUCAACGUAGUGGGAAUGUUUAGAAAUAGGCCUGAUCUUUUACUAGAUGCUAAUCCUUUUGUUCUUUUACCACCAUCCCCGCCAGCUGAACCUUUAAGAGUACCAAGACCUCGGGUAAUACCACCUUAUCAAAGACCUCAAGAGCGUCAAGAAUAA